AUGCAAUCCUUGAGCCUUGCAGCACUGGCGUCAGCUGCCGCAGAGGCGCCACCAGGUGCUGUACCUUCCUUAGGGACCGAGUCCUGGUAUGCUGACUACGAGCUCAGAUACCGUCCGGAAGAUGCGGGUGCCGAGCCAGUACCCUGGCGGAUCUCAGCUUGGCAGUUCCAGGAAAACAUCCUUGACUUUCAUCACCGAGCAGGCCGCCCCCCGCUCAAUGCAGCCCACUUCGUGGUUAUGACACUCCCGGACGAGUCCCAGCAGCAGAUCCUGCAGGAAUGUCCCGGCCUUCUUUGGACGGCGACGCUGCUCGUGGCUGAGGCGCGCCUCUCCGCCGGAGCUUGCCUGGAGGCGGACAGUUUGGUUCGGAGGCUGUGGGGAUGGAUGUCUCAGUCCCAUGCUGCAUUCGCGGCCUACCUGCAAGAACAUUCCUCACCUUGGUCGGAGGAGGCGAUGCGGACGUUGCUGCUCCUGGCUCCUGGCUGGGGCUUGGAGGCUUCAGCUCAUCGCUUCCUGCAAGCCCAGCAUUUGUGCCCCAACACGGCCCCAAGGGCAGUUCUGCAGAGGUGCGAGGCUGCAAGGCUGGAUGUUGUCGUUGCAUUCUGCAGAGAGGACCUCAGCUGGCUCAUGGACUUUGCAGACGCAAGGCUGUGGCUUUAUUCGAAGUGCCCAGAGCCGGAUCUGACUGCAUUGGACAAGCUGGGACUACCAUGCGUCACUUUGGAGCAGCUUCCGAAUCUGGGUAUGGAGUCUUUGGCCUAUGCUGCGCAUUUGGAACGGCGACACGAAGGCUAUGCUGAGUACACGAUGUUUCUUCAAGGAGAGCCUUUUCAACACGCGCCCCGACCACUCCUUGGAGACAUUCUCUCCGCCAUUCAUGCGGGCAUCUACAAUGUGCCGUUCCUGCACUUGAACGUGCGCCGCUUCCUCGCUGGCAGCAGCUUAUGUUUGAGGGACCUUUACAUGCGCCUCUUCGAAGCUGAAGUUCCCGAGGUCUUUGGUUCAUAUUGCUGCAGCCAGUUUGUUGUCCGCUCUGAUCGCCUACAUCAGAGCCGAAGUUUCUACCAGCGGAUAAACCGUAUCCUGUUGGGUGAGAUGCCUCUCGCUUGCGCACAGGACGUCAAGUAUGAUCCUCGACCAGGGAUAGCCAUAUCUGCCCUGUUUGAGCACCUGUGGCAUGUCAUCUUUGGUGAACCGGCAGUUCUGUCCGUUCGACGCAGCAACCGCGAGCUUCCACUCUUUGCCCAGCUGGACGUGGGCGAAGGGGAGCUUCCAGACUUCUUCGCCUGA